AUGUCAUUAUCUGUACUCAGGUGCGAAUCACAAAAUCGUUCAUGGGGCGUGAAGACAACAAAUAUGUUGCUUGAUGAGAAUUUGGUGGCUAAGAUGUCGGAUUUUGGGUUGUCUAGAAUAGGCGUCACGAACAUGUCCAAGGCCCAUGUUAGCACCUUAGUGAAAGGCAGCUUUGGGUAUUCGUUCAUGGGGCGUGAAGACAACAAAUAUGUUGUUCGAAUAGGCGUCACGAAGAUGUCCAAGGCCCAUGUUAGCACCGUAGUGAAAGGCAGCUUUGGGUAUUCGUUCAUGGUGCGUGAAGACAACAAAUUGUUGUUCGAUGAGAAUUUGGUGGCUAAGGUUUCGGCUUUUGGGUUGUCUAGAAUAGGCGUCACGAACAUGUCCAAGGCCCAUGUUAGCACCGUAGUGAAAGGCAGCUUUGGGUAUUAG